CAUCGUUGACAUGUAUUCUACUCCGCUUCCGCCUUCUUUUGUUUUAUGGGUGGAAUCUUCUGCACUGUAUGCUAAGCUGGACAGAAACGUAGCGUUAAUGGCCGUCACCUUGGCCUUUCCACCACUGGAAUCUCUCGAUAUGUCCCAGAGUAGAACUUCCUCGUAAAGUACGGAUCUUACUAUAUACGGAGACGUAUAGACACUGAUACUUCUGAUUCGGAGGCGCGGCGUCCAUUUUCUUCUUGAAGCCGCCAUCACAGCCUUUGGGAACGACGCCAUACUCCGGAAGUCGAAGCAAUGGAACUCCCGGGUGCCGCGAAAACCGAAGAUCAUGUACCCCCAAGCAAGGAAGCAAAUGAGCAACUUUCAAAGGGCUACACAGUUGUAUAUGUCUUGGGUUGUCCUGGCAGUGGAAAGAGCACCCAGUGUUCCAAGAUAUCUGCAGGGCUCGGGUUUUUCCAUCUGAGCGCUGGUGAUCUCCUUCAAGAAGAAAUCAACUCUGGCUCCGAAGAUGGAAUACAAAUAGGCUUCUCCAUGUGUAGCGAUGCAUUCUUUUGGUGGUUAAUCGUGUUUGCCAGGAAAAUGAUCGCGGAUUUGAAAAGGGAAGGGAGGCUCGUUCCCUCGGAAAUAGUUGUCAAGCUUCUGCAACAAGCAAUGCAAAGGACUGGAAACAAGAAGUCUCUCAUCGACGGUUUCCCACGCAAUGAAGAAAACCAGAAUAUCAUAAAGAUUGAGCCUGAAUUAGUACUCUUACUCGAUUGCUCUGAGGAAGAGUCAACACGGCGCCUUUUAAAUCGGAACCAGCUUAUACCUCUAUUGCCAAUAAUGAAGGGGAGAGUUGAUGAUAAUGCUGAGACCAUCAAGAAGCGGUUCAAAGUAUACUCUGAGUCCACCCUACCAGUAAUUAACUACUACAGCUCAAAUGGAAAACUACGAAGGAUUGAUGCUGAGAGACCAAUCGAGGAGGUUUAUGAAUCGGUCAAGGAGAUCUUAUCCGAGCUCGAACAGAAGCAUCAAGGGCAUUGAAAUGGUCACAUGUUGACAAACGAAAGACAGAAGAUGUAUCACCAAGCAGUAUGUUCCUAUUAAAACAGCAUAUGGUCGUUCCAAACAUGUGUACACACUCGUACACGCAUGCACUUGUAUAUAUGUUAUAUGAAAUAAGAGAUGAACCCACAAUAUAAA